CUGAUGAAGAAUAGGACAGAAGUGACAGAGUUCAUCCUCUUGGGACUAACCAGUGCUCCAGAACUACAGUUGCCCCUCUUUAUCGUGAUCACUGUCAUCUACACCAUCACCAUGCUUGGGAACCUGGGGAUGAUCCUGCUGAUCCUGCUGGACGCUCGUCUGCACACCCCCAUGUACUUCUUCCUCGGUAACCUGUCUCUGAUGGACUUUUGCUACUCUUCGGCUGUCACUCCCACAGUCAUGGCUGGGCUGCUCAAGGGAAACAAGGUCAUUUCCUACAGUGACUGUGCUGCUCAAGCCUUCUUCUUUGGAGCCUUUGCCACAGUAGAAAAUUAUCUCUUGGCCUCAAUGGCCUAUGACCGUUAUGCAGCAGUGUGCCGGCCCCUGCAUUACACCACCACCAUGACCACAAGGGUGUGUGCCUGCCUGGCCAUGGGCUGCACUUUUGGGGGUAUCCUAACUGCCUCCAUCAUCACAAGUGACACAUUUAGUCUCUCCUUCUGCACGUCUAACAUGGUGCAUCAUUUUUUCUGUGAAGUUCCAGCAGUCAUGGCUCUAACUUGCUCUGAUAGGCAUGUCAAUGAGCUGGUUCUUGUUUACAUGGCCAGUUUCAACAUCUUCUUUGCCCUCCUGGUUAUCUUGGUGUCCUACUUACUCAUAUUUAUUACAAUCUGUAAAAUGCACUCCGCUGCAAGAUACCAGAAGGCUCUGUCCACCUGUUCCUCCCAUCUCACCGCAGUCUCCAUCUUCUACGGGACCGCCAUCUUCAUGUACCUGCAGCCCAGCUCCAGUCACUCCAUGGACACUGCCAAAAUCGCCUCUGUGUUCUACACCAUGGUCAUCCCCAUGCUGAACCCACUGGUCUACAGUCUGAGGAACAAGGAGGUCAAGAGUGCAUUCAAAAAGGUUCUUGGAAGGACCAUGCAUUGA